AUGGCUAGGAAAUGGUCAACUCCAUUCGAAUUCAAUGGACUAUCAUCUGUGGUGUUUGCAAAAAGCGAGCUGGACGAUCAGUUGGACGAUCAGUUGGUCGACCAGUUGGACGAUCAGUUGGUCGAUCAGUUGGACGAUCAGUUGGUCGAUCAGUCGGUCGACCAGUUGGACGAUCAGUUGGUCGAUCAGUUGGAUGAUCAGUUGGACGAUUAG